AAUCCGGCCUCCUUUUGCCUUUCUUUAAUCCCCUCCUUUAUUUUCUUCCAUUUUCAAAAUAUUUUAUUCUUGUUUUAUGCUUCCCGCCCUGGAAUCGCUUGCACUCUAAGCGUAGGAUCGAAUCCCUAGCUUCUGUAGCAAAGCGUGGUUUAUGAUGUCAUUCCCUCGUCGAUUUCGACUUUGAGAAGUCGAAGAGGGGAUAAUUGUUAGAGGGAAGUUCUGGCGAUUUUUUGGCCUGAGAGAUGAGGGAGAGAUGGAUUCGCUUUGGAUUCUGCGCUGCUGCUUUGUUCUUUCUCCAUUGCCAAAUCUACGGAUGCUUCUCUCUGAAUCUUGAAGGGUUGGCCUUGUUGGAGUUCCGGUCGGGAGUGGAGAUCGAUCCUCAUGGCGUGUUUGAGAACUGGAACCCUAAUGAUGAUGAGCCCUGUAACUGGUCAGGUGUUCGAUGUAUUGAUGGGAAAGUGGAGACCCUGUACCUCAAUGAGCUUUCUCUGGGGGGAGUCUUGGCACCAGAGAUUGGAUUACUUAGCCACUUAAAAGCUCUUAUACUUCAUAGAAACAAUUUUACCGGAGUUAUCCCAAAGGAGAUUGGAAGAUUAACUAUGCUGGAGCUCUUGGACUUGAGGGGUAAUAACUUAAAUGGAACAAUUCCAAGAGAACUAGGAGAUAUGCUAUCACUUAAGUGUCUUCUUCUUUGUGGUAACAAAUUCGGAGGUGGUAUUUCUUGGAUUGAGAAGCUUGAUGUGGUCUCUGAUCUCAAAUGUAAUUCAGAUUUUUCUUGUAAAAUGGCUAAUGAGAUUGGAUGUGCUAACAGAAAGGUUGGGCACUGGUCCAAUAUUAUAAGCGAUUUUCCAAAUUAUCAUGGAGAGCAUGGUGACAACUUAUUGUCCAAUUCUCUGAACCAUAUAUUAAACAGAUGUGUACAUGUCACAAACACUGUUCGGCGUCAGCUGCUUCAAGAAACAAGCAACCUCCCUGCUGUUCCUGUAGGCAAUCCUCCCGUCCAAGAAUUUGCUGAAGUUCCAUCAGUUGGGAGUGGCUCCUUUCCGGCAGUACCAAGCUCAAAGGAUGGAAAUGGUGGAAGAGAGCCUUCACGAUGGACCAUGCCAGCAAAUCCACCAGAUAGUUCUCCAUCUGGCCAAUCACUUGAAGACAACAACUAUUCAAGUAAAAGAUUGGGAAUUUGGGUAUAUAUCCUUAUUGCUGUUGGGGCUGUUUUUCUUGUUCUAGCUGCAAUCAUACUCUUAGCAUGCUGCCGAAGGAAAGGGGGACCAGUUGGUCCUUGGAAAACUGGACUAAGUGGUCAGCUGCAGAAGGCAUUUGUAACAGGGGUGCCAAAAUUAAAUCGAGCAGAACUGGAAGCUGCUUGUGAGGAUUUCAGCAACAUCAUCACUUCUUUUCCAACAUGCACUCUGUUUAAAGGGACUUUAUCUAGUGGAGUCGAGAUAGGUGUUGUAUCCACUACAGUUAAAUCUGCCAUGGAUUGGUCAGAGCGUUCAGAGCUGUGCUUCAGAAAAAAGAUAGACACACUCUCACGAGUAAACCACAAAAACUUUGUCAACCUUCUUGGUUACUGUGAGGAGAAUGAACCUUUUAUGAGGAUGAUGGUGCUCGAGUAUUCACCAAAUGGAACCCUUUUCGACCAUCUUCAUGUCAAAGAAUAUGAACAUCUUGAAUGGAGUGCCAGAAUGAGGGUUAUCAUGGGGAUGGGAUAUUGUCUUCAGUACAUGCAUCACGAGCUCAAUCCACCUGUAACUCUCUCAGAUCUGAGAUCAGAUGCUGUAUUCAUAACAGAUGAUUUUGCUGCUAAGAUUGUGGAUAUUAGCCUAUUUAAUGAAAGCAAGAAAAUAGCAUCUGGAGUUGACAGCCAAGAUACAUCCAAGUUGCUGGAUACCGAUACUGAGAGCAAUGUUUAUAGUUUUGGUAUGUUGAUGCUAGAGGUCAUUUCUGGGAAAUUUCCGUAUUCUGAAGAGGAAGGCUCCAUUGUAGAUUGGGGUGCACCAUAUUUGGAAGAUGAAAUCAAUUUUAGGUCUAUGGUUGAUCCUGCACUGAAAGCUGCCAAUGACAAUGAGCUUGAAACUGUUUGCGGGAUUAUACGCAAAUGCCUUUGCCACGAUCCAAGAAAGAGACCCACAAUGAGAGAAGUCAUGGCUUCACUGAAGGAAGUCCUUGGAAUUUCAGCAGAGGCUGCAACCCCAAGACUUUCUCCGCUUUGGUGGGCAGAACUCGAAAUACUCUCAGUUGAAGCCAGUUAACAAAGUACCAUACAUGCUACUGCAACAUAAUCUUAAAACUAUUUUUACAGUGAUCCUCUCCUGUUGAUGUCUAUGUUUGAUUCAAUGUGUCUUUGUUAUCAAAUUUACAGGAUGUGCACUUCACUGUGAUAAUAUAGAAAAAUAUAUGCAUAAAGCUAAAUAUACGAUGGAAUUAAAUGUUGAAUAUAUUGCUUGACACUGAGUGAUGAUAUAACUGUAACUGUAAUUAUACGUGUCCGGGAAGUAUGAGCUUAAUCAUUUUAAGUUGAUCAAGAGUCUUGAGGUUCCA